CGCAUAUUUUCCGAUCGCGUGCAAUCGUUCCGCGCGACGUGCGUGUGACAUUUCAUCACGGCCGUGUAAGCAUUCGCGCGUGACUCGUGCGAAAAGUCGGCGGCGCGCGCGGGGAUCCGGCGUUGGUGCGGCAGCGGCGUCGCCGUAAAUCCUCCCUCGUCCAUGACGUCACUCGCGAAUUACACAAGCGUCAUCGCUCAGUUUGUUGUGGAAAAUUUCGUGCGCUCCAUGGCGGCGAGGUGUGUUGUUGUUUGAACGAGCGACGGACCGGCGAGACGGAACGACGAGACGAACCCUUCGUCGGCAACGCGGCAGCAGUCUUACGACGUCGAAUCGCGUGACGCGACAUUUCGAAACCGAAUUGGUAUUUGCAAGUUACUCACCAGCUCGUCACAAUGUCUAUGCAACAGUUCUGUUUGCGGUGGAACAAUCAUCAGCCGAAUUUCAUUUCGGUCUUUUCCAACUUGCUGACUAACGAAACCUUGGUGGACGUUACUCUGGCUGCUGAAGGCAGGCAAAUUCAGGCCCACAAAGUUGUACUGUCGGCAUGCAGUACAUAUUUUCAGUCGCUGUUCACGAUGAAUCCUUGUCAGCAUCCUAUUGUUAUACUUAAGGAUAUCAAAUUUUCCGACCUCAAGAUUAUGGUGGACUUUAUGUACUACGGGGAAGUGAACAUAUCGCAAGAUCAACUGCCGUCCAUCAUAAAGACGGCGGAGAGUUUAAAGAUAAAGGGACUCGCAGAGAUGCAUACGGCAUCGUUAACUAAGUGGCCCAGUGGAAGCAGCGAAACGGGUGGCGGAGACCGUGGCGAAUCCUGUUCACCGAGUCCGUCGCCGUUAUCUCCCUCUUUCCGCAGAAAAAGGUUGAGGAAGUCUUCGACGGGGUCGACGUCCGGUUCCGGCGACAAGCCGGAAGAGAUUAACGAAAUAACACUGGUCGCGACUAACAUCGUGAAACCUGAACCUUUGAUUGUGUCGCAAGACAGUGGAGAGAACCUGAGGCGACCAGUGAAUACUAGUACGGAAUCUCAAGGCAGUAUUGACGAAGAUCAAAUAUCAAUUAUGAGUAAUAUGGAAACUAGUUCUGCUAACACACCAGCCCAGAGUGACGGUUCGCUUCAGGAUGUGAGUCAACAGUCGGCAGGAAACAUUGGACAAAGUUCUGUUUCUUCACAACCAUCCACUCAUCAAGGAAUACCAUGGACUAUUAUGGAGCACACAUAUCCACGUUUCGCUCUGUCCUCGUGUCAAACGAAUCUGUCGAUCCAAGCGUCGUCGGCGUUUACGACGCCCGAAAUAACAGCAUCCUCGACCAUCAGCGAUCAAUACUCGUCUGGUACCAGCACGACUGGUUCCAGUUGCGCUCUUACGAACUAUCCGAACUCCUCGCACGGGACGUUGCAGCACACGUCGUCGGGCGGCCCCUCGCCAUCGGCGCAGUGCCCCAGUAACUGCCAGAGCCCCUGCGCCAGCCCGCAGACUGCAAUUAAAAGGAAACGCUCGACUAAUCCGCAGGCGGACGAGAACUUUAUACGCGCGCUCGACGCGGUGCGCUACGGCGGCAUAGGGUUCUGCAAGGCGGCCAGGAUGUUCGGCGUGAACAACCGAACGCUCUGGCUCGAGUACAAGAAGCGCGGCUACCCGAACAACCGGCCCAGCCUCAAGUCCCGCGUUAAGCAGGAGGUCAACUCCUCGCCGCCGCCGCCGGCGCCCCCGGCGCAGCCCAUGAACUCGCAGAGCCCGACGCCCAUGGGACCGCCCACGACUCCGCACAGCACACACAAUACACAUAGCACCCACACCAUGCUGACCAGCCACAGUCCGCACACGAUGCUCAGCGGUUAUAUUGACAGCAGGCACACGGAUUACGCACUACCGACUCUUCAUUGCAAGCAAACGCAAGUGACGAAAAGGACUAGGCUCCUGAUCAGGCAACCGCGAGUGAAGAAGGAGCCGAGUCACCUGUCGCCGGACGGCGAGGCGGGUCCCUCACCACACAUCGUCUCGACCUCCAUCCACCUCGCCACGCCGACACUGAAUCUCCCACAGACGUCGAGGAGUUUCGAGGAGUCACGCAUAUCGCCGCCGCCACACACCAUGCUGGUCAGCCAUCAGCCGAACCUGCUGACGGUGACGACGUCGUCGAAUUUGUUGACGGUGCCACAGCCAUCCUACUUGACGAAGCAGCACUCGCACCCACUGCUGUCCACUCAGCAACCGAGCACGUCCGGGACGUACUGGAUACACCGGCAACACUCGCAUCCAGAUCCGUUGCCCGGCAGGACAACGAGUCCGUCGAUAGUCAUCGAACCAGCGCCCGUCCUGAAGACGGAGGAAGAGGGAUACGAGGAGACAUCGGUCCCGAUCUUGUCGGGCACCGUUUCUGAGCCGGGGACCAGCGGCAUCAGCAGCGGUGGCAUUUCCGGUGGACUGAGGGUGAAGACGACGGAGCUGCGGCGGGCUUCUUCGUCUCCACAGAGCAGCAGCAGUAGCAGAGAACCUCGCGAAAGUGCGGGCGAUCAACGAUUAGGUCACUGUCCGGUGCUGCGCCAGGGCCCCGCUUUGGGCUGCAAUCAUUGCUGGAACACGGUGGACGAUCGCGGCAGAAUACUCCGUAGGAAAACCAAGUAUCAUUGUCCCGAGUGUCAGAUUAAUUUGUGCAUCGUGCCCUGCUUUCAAGAGUUCCACGAGCAGCAGCGCGAACUGAAUUCUAAACUGAAGCCCUUACCAAAAACUAGCUCCGUUUAAUGUGUACACGUACGUAUAACGCGUACUUCGUUUUUUCUGAGUAAUCGUUACCUCUCGGACAAGCAUAUACCUUUAAAUAUGUGAAAGUUCGACGUGACGGAGUAACCGAGUGCCAUCCAUGGCGUGUGACAUUUCUUUUCUCUCGUACGACGAUACGAAUUUUCAAAUUUUCAUCAUUUGACAAAGAUUUUAUGACCUCGUAUAUUAUAUUUUCGUAAUAUAUUUACAGCGCCUUUCUUUCAUCCGAUCACGUUACUCCGCGUGGUUUCAAGGUAGAACCCUCUCACCCAUGGCUCUCUCUCUUUCUCUCGUACAUACAUUGAUAAUAACUCUUCUCGGCGGUGACACGCGAACACUAAUUUUGGAGACCAUGAAUUACGAGAUAAAAUUGCACAAAAAAAAACAAGGAAAAGGAGAAAAAGGGAAGAGCUAGUGGAAAGCGGGCGCACUGGCCGCUGAAACGUGAGCUUUAGCGCACGUGCAACGAUCGAAUUCGGUGUACCCUUAUAAAUCACUUCCUACCAUUCGCAGCUCCCCUAGUUGCCACCUGUAAAUGGCGCCCCGCCGUUAAUGCGUCCGCGUAAAUUUGUUGCUGUUCGUUCCGCGAUCAAUCGAACGCGGGACUGAAUGCGCCUCUCUCUGAUCUUAGCACGCGAAUUUUAGGACCAGGAAAAGGAACAAGUGCAAGCACACGCGAGGACCUUGCUGAAUUUAUCUAGGAUUUCAGCGAAAGAUUUCAAGCAAGCUCUUUUGCUUGUAUUAAUUUGUUCUUUUGCUUGGGUCAGUUUUCUUCCUGAGAUUCGCGCGCUAUUUGUCUCCCGAUCCAAGACUCCGAGUAUUUUUAAUGUGUGUCUCGUGCAUUUAUCGAGGAGGAGAGUCGGUGGUCGACGCAUGUGACGCGAGAAAUGUAGGAUGAAAGGUAUAUAGAGGUGACCGAAGAUUUUCUCCACCGAGGGGAGGAAAGAGGAAAGUGGUGAUGGAUUAGGCCGGAUACGCUCCGGCUGCAUUCCGAUAAAUUACGAUUUGCGAGGCGGCGGACAGGCGAGGAUUCCGCGUUUUUCCCCACGUUUCCUCGCGAGCGGCACCACGCGAGCAUGUUCGCGCACUUUGUACAUGUAAAGUGUUGAAAAUUGUAGAAUAUGUGCAAUACAUAUAUUUAUUUUUCUCGGCAUUACAGAUGUAUUAUAUGCAAACGUUGUAUCGAUUAAUCAUAUUUUAUGUAAAUCUAGAGCCUGAGAUUUGUAAAUUAAAAUAAAAUAACGUGAAAUCACA